CUUCAAUAUAAACGACUUAAUUAGUUCAGCUCUUAACCACACCCGUAUCAUAUUUAGAAUUCUUAGUGCGGCAAUAGCUAGUAUGGCUCUCAAUCAAGAUCUCUCUUUACCAAAGACGGCCCCAAAUAACAACCAACAUCGUGCCACUGCGGGAGAAAGCUAUGCGCAAGCCGUCUACUCAAUCCUCCCCCUUGACUUGAGCACUCUAGACGAUUUAGUAAGCCGACUAAACGCAGCCGAAGAGAUCGAGCCCGGGACUUGUAAACUAGCUCCUAAAUACGACUUCGCUAACCGCCCACUUCGCGACAUCUACGACUACCACAUCCAGCUCCGCGACCAGGACCACUCAGUCCACCCCCUUUACUUCAUCGUAGCCAUUGAUGCUGAUUACAAGGGAAACGGCGUACUAGUCGUGCACCUCCACACGGGCCAAGACGGAGAGGAAGACCGCGUCGACAAGGCCCGGUGUAGCGUGGACUGGGCCGCGAGCUGGGGCUUGAACCUCGACAUUGGUAACAUGUCUUGGGAGGACCUCAAGGAGGAAGAAGCGGAGGAGUGGGGCGACAAAGCCAUGCCUUGGACGCCGGAGUCUAACCAGCCUAAGCAGCCGGAUGCUGCGCCGCCCCGGUUCCAAUAUGCUUGCUUCAGUCUAGUCGAGAACGCACUAGACCUCCCGGAAAAGCUCCAGCCCAAUUAUUACAGCACGCCCGUAGAACACAGACGCGUGAUCCUAGGCGGGAACUACUCCACCACCGGCGGGUUACCCGAAGUCACACGCCUAUUCCCGUGGUUCUGCAAAUCCCACCCGGAGACUCACAGACAUAUGGCCAUUGUAGCCGACAAUCCCGACUUCGAAGCCGACGACGCCGUGAAGCUUCUGCGUUUCGACUGGGACGGCAAUGUAGACGCACAUGACGAUGCCGGAAUCACCAGGUUGGACCUUGAGUAUGAGACGGUCAAAGCAGUUGCUGUUGGUAAAGCGGUUGCGGAGUUGGAUCGGUACUGUCGAGAUUUCGGGCUGCCUCGGGCGGAAGGAUAGGUCUUGGAUAGGCGAUUAUGUAGGCCUAUACGGUGGACUGAUGGGGAGAUCUGGUUCGUGUAGCUUUGUUUGUUGGUAGUUCGGUCUCGCUAUAGCUUGGUAGGUUGGGCGUUUGCUACCAACAUACAUCCCUUGUAUCCCCGGUCACGGACAUCUCACCGGAAGGGAUAUAAGUGAAACCUCUCCAUGUGAAAAUAUAUUACUAGUACUUAGAUAGUUACCUACCUCUCUAUUAGGGAGAGGGAUAUAAUAGUUUCUUCUUUUAGUAGUAAGUCGAUG